CAACCGAGAGAUAACCAUUGAGAAGACACGUAAAUAUUUACAGAUCACGAUAAGUUAAGUGAAGAGAUCACUUCUUUGAGUCUGGCGCUGGCCCGUACCUGCGAAACAUCGGACUCGGUUGUUUUCCCGCGAGAUUUGAUGCACCGUUAAACUUUGACGAUACGACGUACAAUGUGUGUCGCCACCACUACCCCACACCAUCAGCCACUUGAGGUUCCGGGCUUAGUCCUCUGAAUUGUACUGGCCCGGUCAGUUGCAAUAGCGAUCGCUGCAACGUGCCGGCUGUGAUACAUUUUCUCACUCUGCCAAGUUCAUUUAUCAAAUCCUUCCCCGGGAACAUCAACAUCGGCGGUUGUUGUGAAUACACCAGCGACAAGUUAGACAAACAACGUGCGAGCUCCUUUGAAACGGUGGAAUCCGCAUUUACUGAGGCAGCACCGUGGACAAAGUGGAAGUUACCCGCGCCUUGCUCGCUCCGUUGCCCGCAGGACAAGAGAUUGCCAACGUGCUUUGAACUUGCACAUUAUCGAGGUCCCUCCCCCAUCAUAAGACCCGGACGUGCGUGCACUGUCAGCUCGAAUUCAUUCUGGUGUUGUAAUGGGCAAGUUGACGUCUUUGCUUAGUUUUCUCCACCAAUCUCCCUGCACCUGCAUCAUCAGCAUGUCCUCCGGGGACUACGUUUUAAUGCGACUGAGGAGUCCGCAACUACGGGUUAUCUUCUGCCUAGUUUCUGUGUUCAUGUACAUCUCCUUUGCCAAGGGGCUUGAUAUUUCAUCAGGUAGAGUCGUACCAUCAACAGAAAAUUCUGCUACGGGUACCGAGAAAACAUCGGGUCCGGCCACAGAUUUGGUCUCGACAGAAGACCAAGAGAAAAAAACGGGUAUCCACAAACUCAAUAAAACCGGGGCACGGCAAGACAUCCACGCGGACGAAGGACUACGGAAAACUCACAACGAGGAAGUGACGCCGAACAGGAGACAUGACAUCUCAAACAAACAGAAGAGCUCCACUAGUUCCACGUCGGUUCAGAAAACAAAAGAACCUGAUCCUCUGGCCGGAAACGAGGGGGGUAGCUUAAAAACAUGGGAGCAGCUUUGGAAUGCUGAGCAGGUUCUGCCUCCCUCGCUGCCAACCUCUGAAAUGAUUGAUAUGGACGACUAUUACACCUACGAUUACUUCGGAGACGCCGAAGAUGAUGACGACGAGGAUGAGGAUUCUAGAGGACUCUCUGUCGACAGAAGCAAGAAAGAUACCUCCUCGUUCACAGCAGACGGCAGGUCGCACUCACUGGACCGCCUAGCGGAGCUCGUGACGGGGGCAAACCCACAGAUGGGACCGGUGAAUCUCGGCACGCCCAACCCGGACAUAGAAAUCACCAUCGAGGUCGUGAACGGAGAGGAAGUUAAACAAGACGAUGUCGUCAUAUCCAUGGAUCUACGCGAAGAUGCCGUGGACACGCCGGCGGCGAUAGAUUCGCAGGGACACGAUGAAAAAGAAUCCCUCCGACCCGGACUGAAUAUGGACCGAGAGAACGACUUGGUCCCACCUUCCACAAAGUUGUCAGAGGAUUCUGACCAAUCUGAGGAGGAAUCGUACUUGAGUGUCCCCAGUGAUGAUGAGGAAGAUAGUUCUUACGCCUUUGAGUUUGUCACUUUGCGUCGUUUGCCCGACCCAGACGCCCAACAUUUCGAACCAGAUGACCCCGAGGAGAAGAAAGGGACGUGGACUGAGUGGUCUUCCUGCUCGGCAUCGUGUGGGGGCGGCAGAUCGGAGCGGUCGCGAUCCUGUGGCUUCUCGUGUAUGGCAACGGAAUCGAGGGACUGUAACCAUCAAGCAUGCCCACGUAAAGAAAAAAAUGACCCUCCCUCAGAUACCCUAAACGCUGAGACGCCUCAACUCCCCUCUGUCAAUACGGAGUAUUUGCAGACAGUCUUAGAUCCGGAUAACUUUGAUACGGACAGCUGCGAGGAGUGGAUGGGAUGCCGCAGCGAGACACUACUCGCAUACUUGUCUCGUCUUCAAGAUCUGCCCGCCUGCCCCUGUUUCUACCCCACCAACCUCGAGCGGAAUAACGCCAUUUGGGACCGGCAAAAGCGGCGAAUGUUCCGCUGGAUGGACACGAGUGGCCAGGAGUCCCGUCUGGACGUGUACAAACCCACGGCCUCGUACUGCAUCAUAUCCCUGCUGUCGCCGCACAGCACGAGCCUGGCCGCCCAGCAGUGUUGCUACGACGAGAACCUGCGGCUGAUCACGCGGGGCCCCGGGGCUGGCACCCCACAGCUCAUCAGCGCCGAGAUUUCGCCUGAGCUCCACUACAAAAUCGACAUCAUGCCGUGGAUUAUCUGCAAGGGAGACUGGACCAAGUAUAACAAAGUGCGGCACCCGAAUAACAUGCGGGAAUGUCAAGAGAUUCCCGACGAAGCCGAUUUCUACCGCCUGUUUCAAGAGGCCAAGAAUUUCUGAGAAGGCGUCACGAGCAAGGGUGAAAGUCCUCUAACACCGUUCACAUCCGACGACCGACCCGUGCCUCUCAGACAUGUCCGAUUAUUGACGAUACCUUCCGGGCAACAUACCGCAGUUGCACAUCAUUCAUCGAAACUUAGAUGCACGGCAAAAAACAAAUGCCGUCGAAAAUCGCCAGUGGGGGCUACGGUUGUCCUUAAAUCCCUGUAUAGGAACCGUCUGUCGGACGACCACAGGGCAGGGUGCCGGUGCGACGACCGCACAGUCCCGCUGGUCUUGGAGGGCAGUGACACUUUGACCGUAUCAUCGUAGGACUAAGCUGCAAUAACAGUUACAUAGAUCGAACUCGUAUUGCAAGACCGGAACCACGUACCUCACCCAGGAAUGAUUCUGUAAUCAGAACAACCGGGCGUGCACUCGGCGGCAGCGCUGGUGUGCAAGUUUCGACAAAAGGUCUUCCGGUCCUUGGAGUAAUAGGCGAUGUGCCGUGUACAGUGCUAUAACUAUGUAUUGUAUAAAUAUCUCAGGGAAAUCUUGGAAGUAUACUUUAUAUUUAUUAGGCAUUAACAGAUGGAAAUGGCACCCUAAGCUGGCUGUAAAACAUAUUGUAUCAUAGUCUGCGGGUCUUUCACAGAAAUGCUUGGGUCGUGACUCUCCCGGGAGGUUUUCACGAAAUCGUCAUGCACUGCUGUACUGAGUAGAUGUAGCAUUUAUCUGGUUUGGUGUCGCGUUUGCCACAUACUCCUCGAAACACGUUCAAUAUAGACAGUCGACAGACAUCGCUGAAGUAAAUUACUAAGCGCAUAUGCAAGAACAGAGCAUGUUCCACAGUACUUAAAUUCUCAUGAAAAUGUAUUCUUCCCUUUAAUGAAGAAACCCUUUUCUUAAUUUUUUUUGGGGGGGGGAAUGGUCAAGAAAAAAUAAGUGAAGAAGGCGAAAACGUCAUUAGGGAAGAAAUGUGUGAAUACAAUUAUUUACACGUGCGGGUCCUGGACCUCACCCUUCAGGGAAAUGUAACAGAUGCACAAUGUAUUACCAAGGAUUUUUCUCUAUAGUUCGUGACCUUAUACCUAGAGCCACAGCGAUGCUGUUGUGAAUAUUUACUUUCGUUUUCGAAAAGUUUCCUGUUGUGUUUUAAACAGUCAGUAUUUAUAAAUGUAUACUCUUGUUUUAUAACUGUUAUAUAUGCCAUAAUGUCUACGUGUUACCAUGACCAGUUUGCAGUGUGUAUAAAGGUAGCCUACUGACCUCAUUGCUGUACGCGUUAUCAGUCUGAUGAGGGUAAAAUGGGGCGUGUUGAUUCAAGAUCCUGAAAAAAAUUGGGUAGAUGCGUAGCCAUUUCAGGAGCUGAGUUUUUAAAACAAAAGUUAAAGACUUCUUUCUUUUCUUCCCCCGUAAAAUGUUAGAAAUGACUGAAUGGCAUGAUGACGCAAUGAUGGAAAGGGGCGAGACCCACAGAGGUGGGAGACCAGCAGUAAGUCUCCCCUACGUAACCAGAUGUAUUUGAUAUCAUCUGGUUUUUUAACCAAUCCUGAUCACGAAGGAUUAAUAUGGCAUUAAGGUCACUGAAUAUAAGACGAAAUGAGACGGCAUGUAUUGGAAUCAUCUUAUCCCGUACGGCGACCGUGAUGCCCGUUGUUUCCCACCCGAGCCUUCCCAUGAAGUGGGCGUAUAAACCGACAAAACACACUCAACUCGGUCUUAUGAAAAAAAAAAUGCUUUACUGCAAAUACGGAGACAGAAAUAUUCGGGUCUAAUUUUAAGGAUCAUUUUGAGCAUUCCCAGUUCUAUAUGCCUGAAUCAAGGAAUUCCUUCUCACGUUACUAGGCUCCACUUUCUUACUCAUUAAGUGAUGUGAUACACUUCCUUUGAUCUAGGCAGUAGGGUUUGUAUUCGGACUUUUCCGCGGUGUAUAAAAAAUCUCAUAAAGUAAAACAUUUUGAAAUGUGUUGUAAUCACAGAAUAAAGUGAUCAAUAAAAAAUUAUACAUUUAAGAAGGAUACAUGAGCUCUUUCCAUGGAUUCGCACACUGUGCUGUAUACUUGUUUGUACGGUUCUCUAAUGGGCAAUUUAUGCUGGACGCAAAAGCAAAUAUAAACGUGGCCUAUGACGUGGUGACAUGACGCUGCAAAUUCGCCAAAAAAAAUUCAACACAUUUCAACUCAAGCGAAUUUCACAUUUGCAUCGCCCUUGGAUUUUACAGGAGAAGGGUAUCACUUCAGAAACACACUGUUGGCAUACCGACAUUUACGUGUAAAUUUACAAAAAAGGUCGAUCAGAAAAUAAUGCGAUUACCAUAACGACGCACUCACACACAUACAACUCACAAAUUCUCUCGGUUCGACCGAUACAAACUACUUGUAAAACAUUAAGGGAGGUAGGUUUUGCAAAUGGUGAUUAAAUUGCUUCGGUUGUGAUGAAUAAUUUUUCGUGGCGAUCCAAUUUCCUAAUAAAACACGAAACUGAGAUUCACGAAACCGUAACAAAAACAAACCUGGAAUCUGUACUAGGCCUUCGGCUAAACCACACACAAAUCUGUGGUGUUUUUCGGAAGGACAGUGGUAUUUUAUGGAAUUAGAUCAAUAGCCCCUGGAAUGGAGUACUGGUAAACCAGGGUCACAAUUAUUCAGCCCCCAAACAAAUAUUCUGGUGUCGCUGCACGCCAUCAAGCGGGCAUUUUCUCUACGAAUUGGGACCAUGGGGUGAAAUUAACCACUUCGUUGGGUGGAUCGUGCAUAAAAUCCGAAUGCGGAAAACCAAGGGAAAUUUGAACAAGAUGAUUCAAUAGGUUUUUGUGUGGAUUCAAGCUUCUCUUUAAUCAGUAAUGGGUUUGGAAAAUCUGUGAACCUCUCGACGUCCUUAAGUUGAAGAGAAUUAUUUCUUCCACAAAUAAACUAUGUAUGAACUAGGAAGUAACUUGUAUUUUAAAGGCUAAAAGGUACUUUAAGUUUUCAAUCAAGUCAUGUUAACUCAAGAAUUGACAAAAUCCAAUAUUUAACAUUCAUUUAGUAGUUUUCAGUGCGUCUGAGGAGGUGGCCAAGUGGUGGUUUGCCACUUCACAGAGCAUGGGGAUUUUUGCCCAUUUCUUCGUUAGUCUUUUCAGAUGUUGCAAUAAUAUAAGCAAAGCAAAACACAUGGAAAUGUUCACCAGAAGCUCUCUACAAUCAGUAAAAUCGGAAUCAGUAAAAUCGUCGCGUGCGGAGAAAGACCGAAACUAAAACAACACAGAUUGAAGAGAAAUCAAUGCCAGUAACUCUUAUCAGAGAAACCUUUAACAUUUUCUACAUGAAAAAAAUAAAUCGAUGUAUAACAAAGCUAAGAACUUCUACAAACACCACAACCAAAAUUCCACGCUGACGAAUAAAGAGGGAAAAUGAACACAAGUGCAGUGAGGUCAAGACUUGACUGCGUCUCCUUGCAGGAACGGAAUGAACCCACUGUGAUAGUCGGUACGAAAUUACACCAACUAGCCCCACCAUUACAAGUUACACAUUUCAGUCAUCUGCAGAGUUCAUUACUUGUUCUGUCCCCAAAACAUGGGGGAAAAGUGAUUUCCCAAGCUCCCAUUCGGAAAUGAAAUAAUUUUCGCCGGACAUGAUAAAAGGCGAUAUUGUUCAAUCGUCCGCUCACACCUCACAGGUUAAACGUGCUCUUUGAUCCUGAACGAUCGGAGAGGUUUCAACAUUAGUGCCAUCUGUUCACCAUGAAUGAAAACUUCUAGACUU